ACGUCGGUCACUUGUUGAGCGGAGCGCACACACACAGGAAAUCACGCAGCAAUAAUCUCAUUUUACAAACGAUACGUGUAUCUGUAGUGAGGGAGUGUUUCAUGUCAGUUUACAGCAGAAAUAUUUACACUAAGUCAAACUGUUUCAUUUUUCUUUGAGUCUUUAAUUUUCUAAAGAAACGCCCAAACAGGCUGAACUACUGAUCUGGACUGAACCCUGCAGGACGCUCCUAACAAGUGAUUGUCAUCAUGUCUGGUGAAGAAGCUCCAACUCAGCAGGAACAACCUGAGCAACAGCAGCAGGAGCAGCAGGAGCAGCAGGAGCAGAAACCCGACGACCCUCCGCCGCAGGAGCCCGGGAGCAGCCCUGCAGCAGCCGGGGAGAAGCCCCUCUCUUACCGGGCUCUGGUGCUGACCGGGUUCGGGGGUUAUGAUAAAGUCAAGCUGCAGGUGAAGACGCAGAAGCAGCCGCAGCUGGCGGCAGGAGAGGUCCUGGUGCGCGUCAAGGCGUGCGGGCUCAACUUCGCCGAGCUGAUGGGCAAACAGGGGCUGUACGAGCCGCUGCCCGCCCCGCCCGUCACAAUGGGAAUGGAGGGCUCCGGGGUCAUCGAGGCAGUCGGGGAGGAUGUGAAGGACAGGAAGGUGGGGGAUCGAGUCAUCGUAUUAACCCGCAGCGGCAUGUGGCAGGAAGUGGUUGUUGUGUCCGCCAAACAUACCUUCCCCAUGCCGGAGCAGAUGAGCUUUGAGGAAGGUGCUGCUCUCCCCGUUAACUACAUAACUGCCCACAUGAUGCUGUUUGAGAUGGCCAACCUGAGGCCGGGCAAGAGUGUGCUUGUCCACAUGGCAGCAGGUGGUGUUGGUAUCGCUGUCACCCAGCUGUGUCAGACUGUGCCAGAUGUGACCGUCUUUGGCACAGCGUCAGCCUCCAAACAUGAGACCAUCGCCCAGGGUGGCGUCACCCACCCCAUCGACUACCGCACCAAAGACUACGUGGAGGAAAUCCGCAAAGUCAGCCCAAAGGGAGUGGACAUCGUCCUCGACCCACUCGGAGGUUCAGACACUCAGAAAGGCUUUAGUUUGUUGAAACCUUUGGGCACUCUUGUAGUCUUUGGCGCGGCCAAUUCUGUGACGGGCCAGAAGAAGAACCUGUUGGCCGUGGCGAAGACCUGGUACAACCAGCUCUCCCUCACCACACUGAAACUGAUGCAGUCCAACAAGGCCGUCUGCGGCUUCCACCUGGGCUACAUCAGCGACGAGCAGCUCAUCAGCAGGACGAUGUUCGAGCUGCUGGAGCUCUACGGGCAGGGAAAGAUCAAGCCUCGCAUCGACUCGUGCUUUCACUUUGAGGAGGUGACUGAUGCCAUGAAGCGCAUGCACGAACGCCAAAACAUUGGGAAAGUCAUCCUUCUUCCUGAAGUGAAGAAAGAGGAAGAGAAGCCAAAGUCCGACCCUGAGCCGGUAGAAAAUGUGGAAAAAACUGAAGCUGCCAUCAGCGAGCAGAAGGAAGAAACCACAGAUGAAGUAAAAGCCGAGGAUUGAGUAAGAUGUUUAUUUGAAUGAUAUUUUCAAGCACUUCCUGAAUGAGUUCCCUAUUGUUCACUUGUCAAAAAAAAAAGGAAGAAGAAGAAAAGCAAGAUGACAUGAAAUGUUUGACUUUGUCAGUAUUUUCAAAUGUUUAUGGAGAUUUUGUCGUGCAAUAUGUCUAUAGUGUAGUGUCUGUGUUGGGAAUACUUGUGUUUUUAAAUAAAAAUUGAGUGUAUUCUGUGACAUUACGUGAGGAAUAAUGUAAUCUGAUUACAGAUGGAUGUUAAAUUUUAGGUCCCCAUGACAACAGCUCAGCAACAGCAACAAACCAGGGCCAGUAUCUAUGAAACUUGGUCGAAAAAAAUGGUCCUAUACAAGGACUCAUGAGUAAAAAAAAAAAAAAAGAAUAAAAAGCCAGACUCUGAAGCUUUGAUUUUUCAUUAAAAAAAAAAUCUUAAAUGAGUAAAGAAGUAUAAAG